AUGCAACGUUGGGCGCUGAUCCUGGAAGCGUAUCAGUAUGACAUGCAGUACAGAUCGUCUGAACAGCAUAGAAAUUGUGAUUCCUUAUCGCGAUUGUCAUUACAUGAGAUAGAACAGGAGGAAACAGAAGAAGGAAUAUUUACAUUGGAUAUGUGCUUAACAAUCUCUAGUCAGGAGAUAGCGAUAGCUACUCGAAGAGACCCGAUUAUGUCGAGAAUGUUUGAUUUCACUCUGAAUGGUUGGCCAGCUCAUGUAGAGGAUGCUGGUUUGCAACCUUUCUUCGAUAGAAGGAAUGAACUUACACUGGAAAAGGGAUUGAUCUGGUGGGGGAUGCGAGUGAUCAUUCCAGAAAUGUUUAGAGGUCGAUUGUUGCUAGAGCUGCACGAGGAACAUUUGGGAAUGUCUCGCACAAAAGCCUUAGCCAGGGGAUAUCUUUGGUGGCCUUAUCUAGACAGGGAUAUUGAAGACAUGGUUGAAAGAAGUUCAGCUUGUGCAUAUACAAGAAACACUCCAAAAGAAAGCCCCCUGCAUUCUUGGAUUUGGGCUUCUAGACCGGGUCAACGGGUACAUAUAGAUUAUGCAGAAUAUGAGGGACACUUCUUUCUUGUUAUUGUAGACAGCUUUUCAAAAUGGCUGGAAGUCAUACCUGUGAAGUCCACCACAAGCAGGAAUACCAUUUAA